AUGUUUUCUCUUUUUCGUAUAGAAGAUGUUUUAAAUAUAGAAACUCAUUUUAAAGAUAGCGAAAUAAAAAAUGUUAUUGAAUUUUUAUUAAGAGCUAAAUAUAUUGAUAAGGUCAUACAAAAUGUUGGUUUUUGUGUUGGUUUGUAUGAUAUAAUAGAAAUAAAAAAUAAGGAAAUUAUAAAAGGUAGUGGUGAAAUAAGAUUAAAGGUUAUUUUUCGAUUGGUUAUUUUUCAACCUUUUGAAAAUGAAAUUAUAGAGGGAUUUGUUAAAAGUUCAGAUUCGAAUGGAAUAAUAAUUAGUUUAGGUUUCUUUGAAAAUAUACGUGUAAAUAGUGCAAAUUUAAAGGAGCCAAAAGAAUUUGAUAGGGAGAAAAAGGAAUGGUACUGGACUUAUGAAGGCAUAAAAUUUUUUUAUACUAAAGAUGAACUGAUAAGAGUACGAAUAUUGGACACUUAUUUUAGUGAUCCCAAUGAGAUGAAUAAGGAUGAGUCCAUUCCAUCCAUGUCCAUAACGGGGACUGUACAACAAGAUGGUCUGGGUUUAGUAAAGUGGUGGAAAUAA